AUGUCCUCGCAACAAAACUCACCUCCUCCCGCCUCGGGCUCCAGCUCUGAGCUCAUCCCGCGCAACACUCUUCUCGGUCUGCCCGAAGAGCUUCAAGAUCUCAUCGCUAGAUCAAUCAGCGAAGACAGGGACGUGAGCGUCGACGCGUUGUGUAAGCUGACACUGGUCUGCGAGCAGAUGCAUCGGAUUGCCCGCCCGUAUGUCCUCCGCGCCACAAAAUAUAUGGCGUUUCAGCGGGCUGUCGAAUCGGCCUAUCUGCCGAACAUGCGUCUCUGUGGCGAAUGCCGCGCAGCCCCAGUCGAAAUGAGCUGGCCUGUAAGACCUUCUUGGAGGGAGUAUCGACCGAUCGAUGCUCUACUCCUCCACUUGGACGAGCGGCAUGAUAGUCCGCGAAGCGAACAGUUGCAGAAAAAAAGUCGAAUCAGUGUCUAUGAAGCUCUUGAGUGGCUCCUUGAGAAGGGUGCUAGCGGAGAAGCAAAUCUGGUAGGUGAAUCCCUUAACGGGUUUCGAUAUCUACGGCUGGAUAUGGGUCUUGGACACAUGCCCACGCGACUCCUGAAGCAACUCCAACUUGACAUUGGUAGACCUGGAGUUGAAAUGUAUCUCAAGAUGAUUGAGCUGUUGAGCAGUUAUGACUUUCCGAACCCAACUCGAUCCAACGCCCUCGACGGCGUGGUGGCCACUGACAAGUUACCUUUCUACCAUCCGGCGUCAGACACGUAUUUCACGGAAUCCCCACUAGACCUGGCGCUCAAGUCGCAUAUUCCGCCUCGUCUUCUGGAGUUGAUGCUGAAGGAAUAUGCCAGUCGAGGCGUCAGCCUGCUCACAUUUUACAAAGAGUGCCCAGAAGGUCUCAAGAAGACCUGUAAGGGAAAGAGGCCUCGUAUAGAUGAUGACUGGGUGGGUCACGUCGGUGACCCGUUGGAGAGCAUCAAGCUCGACAUCAUGGUCAAGUACGAGAUGAUUGACGUGCUUGAGGAGCUUCUGCUCAAGAGUAUUCUUGGAGCUCUGGAUGUAAUUACAGCGCAAAUCACUGCAGCAGGGCGUGUAGUGCCUACGCAGUUCAUGCGUUCGUGGGUGACGCUAUGCGAGGCAGUUCGACCCUAUUGCGCGGGCGGGUAUGAGUUUCUGUACGAUAUAAACCGCGCAAUUGUUCGCAAUGGACCUGGACGCGUCCAUGAGUUCGUUAUUGAUACCGAGUGGAACCCAUGGUACAUGUGGUUUAUGUGGUCUGAUGCAUGCAGACGUCGUGACCUGACAAUAUGGAACAUCGGUAGGGCCGAAUUCCAUAAGAAUAAAAGAUAUUUCUGGCAGAAGCAUCACGGGUACGAGAUCGAGCAUAUACUCGGGUACUUUGACCGUGAUCAGGUCCAGCCUUGGUACGAGGUUGAUGUGGUCGAGUGGUGUCAGCAAAUGCUGGGAACUUUUACUGAGGACGGGGUUCCUAAUGACUUGAAGUAUGAUUUCCAGACUUGGUGUGAGUUCAUGGAAGGGGAACUUGACGAAGAGUCAAUUCCCUUCGAAUGGUGGAGCCAGUUCACAAGAGCGUAA